CAUUUUUUCUGUUCAUUACCAUUGAGGCCACAAGAAGAGAUGCAAUUUUUUUAUUUGAGAAAGAACGAAAUGUGAAUUGUUCUAAGAUGAAUCCUUCGUUGAAUAUUGGUGCAAAUAAAUUAAAAAAUGUUAAACAUUACAAUUUUUUUCCACCUAGUCGCAGCCUUAAACCAAAUAAUAUGGUGAUCACUAAAGUUAAUAGUGUAGAUACGAAUGAAAUGAAUGAUAUAAAUAAAACAACAAAACUAAGAAGAAAGAGAGCUAUUUACACUAAAACAGAAGGCCAGGAAAGAGAUAAACCUAUUGGAUUUCUCAGUCCACGUGAUGAAGUGUUUUAUAAAAAUGUAUAUCAACAAAAUAUCAAUGCUGCGCAUCUAGAAGAGCAAGAAAAUGUAAAUUAUAGAAGCCAUAAUACCAGUAGAAUGUACUUUGAUUUUGAAGCUAUAUUAGAACGAAAUUUGGCUAAAGCUUGGCCUAAUCGUCUACAACAUCCUAUGCAUCCGGCUAAUAGGCGAUUGAAUGCGCAAGAUUCUGAUGCUCCAAAAACAUAUAAUGUAGAACAAUUCGAAGAUAAUACUUUCUUAUUAAAAUCAAUGAUCCCGGUACUGACGAAUUGGACAACUUGUGAAGAAUUUGGAGUGAAGGCGUCUUUUCAUCCUGACGAUAUUGUUAAUAUUAAUUGGAUCCCAUUUUAUAUGUGGUCUGUAUCAGGUCCUAGUGCUGCGAUUGUUCACACUUUUACUUACCCUACUAAGAAGUUAGUGCAGCAAUACAAAGCGAAUUAUAGUUCACAUGUCCGUAAUAUUGGAUGGAAUCAACCAAAACUUUUAAUGACAAAUGACAUGGAAAUGCUUCUAAUAGCUGGAGAUAGAAAAGGACUAUUUUAUGGUAUUCCCAGAAACGAAAUCCCUGAUUCAGUUAAAGAGUCCAACGCAACUAUGCCCACGGUGAAACUACGGUUGAAAAUCGUAGAUUCAUAUUUGGCAAUGAUGUAUUGUGAAGAAUUAUACACAGUUAUAAUGUCUAUUUUGGGAGAAGAACCUGAGACAGUAGAAGAUCGAAUGGAUGCGGCUGCAAUUCUUAAAUACAGGGGCUCUGGAAAACCUGUUUUCAGAGAUGUAGCCACUGAAGUUAUUAAGAAAUCAUUGAGAGAUAAAAAAGCACAAGAAGAAAACCCAGACAAAAUGAUUAGGGUUGAAAUGCAGCGCUUUGAUCCAGAUUCUUUAAUAACUAGGUUUUAAU